AGCGCAGCGCAGCGCGCAGGGCACCGCGCCGGGCCCACCCCGAUGCGGGGCCACGCGUCGCCCUCCGGCCCCCAACGUCUGCCGGUCCUUCCCCUCCCCUCCCCACCUCCACGGGUCGGUGCCUGCAGAUGUCUGGGGCCGCGUCUCUGCACCUGCACAGGUACAAGCCUCUGCUUCUUAGGAAGGACAUUUCCAAAGAAGGGUCAGACGUGCGUGGUACACUACACAGGCAUGCUCCAGAAUGGAAAGAAGUUCGAUUCCUCCAGAGACAGAAACAAGCCGUUCAGGUUUAAGAUCGGCAGGCAAGAGGUCAUCAAGGGCUUUGAGGAGGGAGCGGCGCAGAUGAGCCUGGGGCAGAGGGCGAAGCUGACCUGCACACCCGACAUGGCGUACGGGGCGACGGGCCACCCCGGGGUCAUCCCCCCCAACGCCACCCUCAUCUUCGAUGUGGAGCUGCUCCGGCUAGAGUGAAGAAGACCUGCCGUCCCCCCACCCCGGGCCGAGCCGGCUGUCGCCGUUCAACUGUCCAUUCCCCACCCUUCCCGGGAGUCUUCACCGCCAUCCAGUUCCGCCCCCCUCCCUCGACUUCACGUACCAGUAUCGCCCACCCGCCCUUCCGGGAGGGGGUCGUUUAGCGCUUUCUCUUCCACCUCCCUCCCCCGAGCUGUGGUGUCUGCGCCGUCUUACGGUUUCCAAGCCUCUCUGCUCUGAGACGAUCUCUGACGGUACCGGUCUCGGGUCGUACGGUUUGAUUUGCAUGGAAUAGCAUCCCCGACGAUUCCUCUCGACACAGAUGACUCGUUAAAGAGAAACCGCUGCCUUACUUGUAUACUCACAACCAAGAACAACAAGGUGCUCGGAGAUAACAUGUACACGUACCCGGUACGCGGACGGGCAUUAGCCAAACAGUUACCUGCGCUGCCACUUUUUUCCUCGGAAGUUCCGCUUGCUGCUGAUUUAAACGGAUGUCUCAUUCGAAGUGAAAAAUAUGCAAAAUAAAGGCUCAGUACUUUACGGUU